AGGCGAGGCAGGGCUGCUGGCAGUGCGCUCAGUUACAGUCAAAAUGAAGAAUAAAUCUACCAAUCUCCGUGUGCGGCUCCCUGCGCUAAUUUUUGCAUUGGAGGUCAUGAUUGUGGUUCUCUAUGCAUUCUUUGUGACAUAUGAAGAUGAUGCUAAUGCUCUUCUACAGAACAACCAGACAAGGCCAAUGGAGAACUCUUUGUAUCAGAACUAUCCAUUUUUUGCUGACAUUCAGGUGAUGAUAUUUCUUGGAUUCGGCUGCCUUCUGGCCUUUUUCCGGCACUAUGGUUUUGGUGGAAUGGCGUUUAAUUUCCUAAUUGCCACAUUUACCAUUCAGUGGGCCAUUCUGGUGCAGGGCUUCUUUCAGUUUUACUACGAUGGGAAGAUUCAUCUUGGUGUGCUGAAUCUAAUCAAUGCUGAGUUUGCCUGUGCUGUCGUGCUCAUCUCUUUUGGAGCAGUGUUGGGAAAGACGAGCCCUGUGCAACUCCUGAUCAUGGCCUUGCUGGAGAUCCCUGUGUUUGGUGUCACAGAAUGGGCUGUAGUGAAAUACCUAAAGAUCAACGAUGCCGGUGGCUCAAUCCUCAUCCACAUUUUUGCCUGCUACUUUGGACUGGGUGUCACUUUUGUCCUGUACAGGCCCAGCCUAAAUGAGGGACACCCAAAGGAGUCGACAAGUUACCAGUCGGAUCUGCUCUCAGUAAUGGGAACCCUGUUCCUCUGGGUGUUCUGGCCCUCUUUCAACUCAGCGCUGACCUUCAAGGGUGAUGACCAGCACCGAGCCAUUCUCCACACUUUCAUAGGUCUCAGUGCCUCCACAAUCACUGCCUUCGCCCUGUCCAGCAUGCUCAGCAAGAACGGAAAGAUCAGCAUGGCCGAUGUGCAGAAUGUAACACUGGCUGGUGGUGUAACAGUCGGUGCUUCGGUGGACAUGAUGAUUUCGCCGGCUGCUGCUUAUGUGCUGGGCAUCCUGGGAUGCAUCGCAUGCAUGCUGGGGUAUAAAUACUUGAGCCCGUUCUUGGCGCGCCGGCUGCGGUUGCAGGAUCAGUGUGGCAUACACAACCUGCACGGCCUGACGGGACUCAUUUCCAGCCUAGCAGGAAUCUGUGCCAUCCUGCUAGCGACCGAGGAAACAUACGGCCCCAGUCUCUACCAGACCUUCUCUCAUCGGGCCCCUCCAGAGGGAGACCCUCUGCUAGCAGAGUUGCAGGAAUUGAUCCCAGAUCUGGAAGCGGGUUUGGGUCGGACCGCACGGGAACAAGCCCUCUUUCAGGUGGCUGCCGUGUUUGGGACUAUUGCGGUGGCUGCAGUCGGGGGUUUGCUGACUGGUGUGGUACUCAAGUUACCGUAUCUGGCUUCCCCCAGCGAUGAGAUAUGCUUUGAUGAUGAGCUCUUCUUUAAUGUUCCUCCAGAUUACAGCUGCGUUAAUGAUCCGCAGGACGUAGGUCCUGUGUUCUCAGAGACACAAACAAAACUGAUGCUGACUGAAGAAUGAAAUGAAGUAAGAGGAAUAAAUGUCGAUGUAGGACUGCUGUGAACUUCAGAACUGAGUACUGUGUAACUUGCUAACUGUGAUUGUAUUUACCCCAAAAAAUAGUUUAUUUUAAUAUUUGAUGGGAUGAGGUUUGUAUACUGUGUAUCAAAAUAUAAAGUGUAUGAUUUUGAUCAAAUUUUGUGUUUGUAGAAUAUUUUAUAUAAUCCAUUUUCAUUUAUAUAAAAAAUAAGUAUGCUGCACAUUAGUAAUUAUUAUGGAAAUAAUAUAAGUGCAAACUGAACAUAAUGUUUGCAAUCAUAUUAAAAUAUAUUUUAGUUUAAAUUUAGUUUAAAUGCAGUUAGUUGAACUUGAGAGCGUUUUUAACUGACAACUUUAUAUGUAGCUUCAUGAUUACUUCUGUUGAAAUGUGGCUAAAUAUGUACUGCCGAAUGUACUGACAAGAAUUUGUGGUAAGGAAAAUUAUAAGUCAUCAAGUCAUAGACAUAAUUGUAAUGAUAAUGUUGCAAUUUAAUACAUUUAAAAUAUAUCAACUUUAAAUGUAAUAUCAAAUAGUACAUUUGAAAUCAUAACCCAGUACUUUACAUGUUCUUUAGUUUGUUAGUAAACUAUAAAACAUCUAAAAUGUGCUUUAAGGUAAAACGCUGAAUUUAACAUUAUUACAAAAUGCACUUAUUAAAAGUGACUUAAGUGUGUUAAGAAACAGUCAUGAAAGUGUCUCUCUUUAAGUUCACUUAAGUGUUCUUUUAUUUCAGUAUAUUAUUUUAUCUUCCAUUAACUUUUUUUUUGUUUAACAUACUUUAACAUUUGAAAUACACUUCAAGUGUACAUUCAAUACAAAGAAGUGCACUUCUUUUUCACAAGGUUACAAAUGGAUGAUAAAUGAUAUCUGAGUAUUGUGAGCCCAGCCAGACUGACAGAGUAACAGUGGACAUCUCCCUCUCUAAACAAAAGAUAAACAGGUUCAAUCGUUAACAGUUCAAAAACUGUGGAAUAUGAACUACAGUACAUUUAUAGGUGAUGAAAGUUAUCUUAUGAAAAGUUAUAAAUUAACAGGUGGAUUGUAUGUCUUGGGGUCAUGUCUGUACGUCUACAGAUAGGCCUAGAUAUGCACAUAUCUUAAAGCAUAUAUAUAUAAGCGUAUACUGUAUACACAGAGUUGUAUUGCAUGCAUAUACUGUAAAAAUGUAUAACCAUGGUUUAAAUGUUAUUGUAUUAUUAAGUUAGGCUAUAAAUGCAUCCCAGUUAAAUAAUGUGACAGUCUUUUGUAAUGUAAGGUUAUUACUCAAGGUUAGAGUUUGAAUACUGACUGAUGACACUUUCUUAAAAUACAUUACAUGGAAUUAAUUUGUUCAAAAUCAAAACAAGAAGUCGGCAUGAUAGCCUUGUUAGCGCGCCAACAUACAGCUCUGUAGCACUACGACAUCCCGAGAUUGAGUCUGGUUUUUUUGUUUUGUUUUGUUUUUUUACAGUCUAUGGUCCUGAGUCAAGGACCUUUUCCGAUCCCUAUCUCGUUCCCACUUCGCUUUCUCUCAGUUCUGAUCUGUCCUAUCAUAAUAAAGGCGAAAAUGCCAAAAAGAAGAAAGAAAGAAAGAAAGAAAGAAAGAA